CAAUAUUAGUCAUUGGCCACCUAUAUUAUGAGUUUGCCCCUUUUUCUCCACAAAAAUAGGCAAGCAUUAUAAGAGAACAUAUUUUAAUGAAAAAAAUCGUAUUUUAAUAAAGAUUUCUAUUACAAAGUGGCAUACUAUGAUUAAAGACUCAUCGACUCCCCAGCCCACAAGUUCCUAGGACAUAUAAAAAGGAAGAACUCAGAACUUGAUUUUUGUUUUACCGCUUACAGAAAAAAAAAGGUGAAGUAACUGGACAAACAAACACAACACCGUUUUGCCUCUUCAUCGUCGUGCAUUGUCAUUGCCCAAAGACAAAGAGAGAGAGAGAGAGAAGGAGCUUAGAGAGAGAGGCCGCUGCCAGAGUUGUCAGCUUCAAAGAACGGAGACGACAACAAGAACCCAGCCCCACGACGAGAGACGCCUGAACCGCUAAUCCCUCCUUUUCUGCUUGCUUGCUUCCUCAUCGAUCCUCUCUCUUCCGCUGCUUCUACCUUACCCGUAAGUAUCCUCCAAUUCGAUUCAAUCAUCUUCCCUAACUCUCUUGAUCCCCUGCCAUUAAGUAGUACCUUGUAAUUUCGUCAUGUCUGGUUUGUUUGAUCACUGAAUUGCGCCUUCCCGACGGUAAAUUUCGAAUCUUUUCCCCUUGUCUGUUCAUGGGGCACGUUUCUUCUUCUGUUUCCGUGAUUGGGGCAUGUUGUAGUAGGGCUUCAAAUGCCGCAGCUUUUUUGGGCUGCUUAGUCGUGAACCCUAAAUCUCUGCAUAGCGAUGUUUUCCGCUCAAAGUUGUGUUUUGAUAAACCCUAUGGCUGCAGAAGCUCUCAAAGUUGCGUGCUUUUUACUUUCUUUCGAAUUUGAUUGUUCACUUUUUUUUUUUUGCUGUGAAUAUUGGGUCUGGAGAUCAGGAUUGCCUCUGUAGGAACUGUUGUUAUGAGAUGUUCGGGAAUAUAGUAGUUGUUUUGAAAGAAUAACAAUAUGUUUUGUACUCUUCUUCUGUGCUUGCUAGUUAUCGUGUUUGGCCUUGUGGAGGAGAAUGGGAAGUGCUGCUGCUGUUGAAGCAAUUCCGUCCCAAGCUUCUGAACCAACCAUUGAGAUAAAGAUUAAAACACUUGACUCUCAAACUUAUACUUUGAAAGUAGACAAGCAGAUGCCAGUUCCUGCUUUGAAAGAACAAAUUGCUUCUGUUACUGGUGUUUUGUCCGAACAACAACGUCUUAUAUGCCGUGGAAGAGUGCUGAAGGAUGAUCAGCUUCUCUCUGCUUAUCAUGUGGAAGAUGGUCACACCUUGCAUAUGGUGGUCAGGCAACCAGUAGCACCAUCAUCUGAGGGGAUGCAUGAUCAGCAAGCUGAUCCUGCUUCAUUUUCAAGUUGGAGUCGCAGCUUUGCUGCAGCUGAUCCUUCUGCUUCAAUAACAAGCUGGGGCCCCAGUGUUGUCAUAGAAAGUCUCAGUAUGCCUGAUCAAGGGGAUGGAGGAGUUCCUCCUGAAAUAAGUAGGAUUGUUUCUGCCGUCCUUGGGUCCUUCGGAAUGUCCAGUCUUGGAAGUGCCAUUGAUGGGGCUGAUGUAACAAGGGACCUCGGUUUGGGAAGAACAUCAUCUGCUAGUGCCACAUUCGAGAUAAACCAGCAAGCUGGUGCUAGAGUUCAGUCUGACGGAUCACAUAGCGCUUUUGGAAUCCCUGCAGUAGGUUCCUUGGGAUCUUCUUUACACCCUCCUGUUAUCCCUGAUGCACUGACAACUUUGUCCCAGUACCUAAGUCAUAUUAGGCGUGAAUUCAAUCGCAUUGGUACAAGUGGUGAGAACAAUUCUCAAACUGACAACAUCAGUAGAUCGGAGCAAGGAGAUCUUAAUUCCUCUUCAUCAGAAUCUGGAAGUGUAGAGGGAAGACUUCCGACACCGGCAUCCUUGGCGGAGGUGAUCUUGUCCAGUAGAGAGUUGCUCACUGAACAAGUUUCCGAAAGCUUACUACAACUUGGAAGGCAAUUAAGCACUCAAGAAAGUAUGACUGAUUCUUCAGCACGGUCGAGAACUCAAACUGCUGCAUGGAGAACAGGAGUUCAACUUCAUAACCUGGGUGCAUUUCUACUUGAACUGGGACGAACAACCAUGACUCUACGACUAGGUCAAGCACCGUCGGAGGCCGUGGUCAAUACUGGCCCUGCAGUCUUCAUAAACUCCACCAGUCCAAACCCUCUAAUGGUUCAGCCUCUUCCUUUCCAACCUGGAGGAGCAACCCUCGGUGCUGGCUUUCCUAUGGGCUCUGUGCAGCCUGGUUCUGGGUUUGUUCCCCGCCGCAUCGACAUCCAGAUACGCAGAGGAGGUUCGUCAACCACCUCGUCUACUGUUACAAAUGAGGAACGUGGUGAGUCUGGCCAGAGAAAUCCUGCAGCAGGUGGCAGUGCCGAUAACACGGCUAAUCAGACCACGACUAGAGAAGAAUCUCUAGCUGGGGAAUCCGGAGUUCGUGUAGUGCCCAUUAGAACCAUGGUUGCCACAGCAGCAGCAACAGUCCCUGGUUCAUUCGGUCAUCCUUUUGUCGGAAGGUUUCAGCAGGUGGGUUCUGAACAAAGAUCUCAUGCACAAACACAGCAACAGGCAGUUCCUCAAACUGCACAAAAUGAUGAAAAUGCUGAGGUUCGGGUAAGAGAGCCCUCGACUACCACCCGUAGCAUUAACAUCAACAUUCUAUCGGCAGCCGGUGGGGCCCGAACUGGCCAGGAAUCUGAUAGACAGGUCCCUGGAAGUGUUAUGCAGUUCCUGAGGUCUUUGUUUCCCACUGGAGAAAUCCAUGUGGAGGCUGCCGGCAGCGACUCAGGAACUACAACGACGACCCCUCCUCCUCCUGCCCCUCAGAAUGUGGGAUCAGCUACAGCUGCCGCUGAAGAAGGAUCAGAAUCGAGACCAAGCGAGGAAGGAUUAUUUCUCUCCAAUUUACUCCGCCAGAUUUUGCCCGUGGUAUCUGAACAUAGUGGGUCAGAGCCAGGUGACACAUCUCAAGGAGAAGCACAGAGGUCUCAGGAUUCUUAUAGCCAGGUUGAGAACAAUAGUGUAGGGACUUCCCGUCGUAGCAAUGAUUCACAUCCAAGCAGUCCAAACUCAAAACGCCAAAGGAGGGAGUGAGGAAGCUUUGGUGGAUUGUGGAGGCAGUAGUUUGUGGGGUAGAGAAAGCUGUUGUUGAGUAUCAAUAAUGGAUGGUUUUGGAU